AUGAGCAUGUUUAAGAUCCCUAAGUUAGUGUUAUCUCAAGGAUUUCCAAGCCUAAAUAGAAAACUAGCUCAGACUACCAAACCUCCAAGGUCCUUAAUCUCCAUCUUGGAACUAAGUAACCAAGAACUAAGUUCAUUGGUUGAAAGAGCAGCAUACCACAAGACACAAUAUAAGUCAGGCAAAAUCUCCUCUCAGGUAUCACCGUCGCUGUUUGGAAAAGUUGCAGCCCUUCUUUUUACAAAAAGAUCCACUAGAACAAGAAUAUCCAGCGAGGGAGCAGCAGUGUAUUUCGGGGCACACCCCAUGUUUCUAGGUAAGGAUGAUAUUCAGCUUGGAGUCAACGAGUCCUUCUAUGACACUACGAAAGUGAUCUCCUCUAUGACGUCUUGUAUCUUUGCCCGUGUUGAUAAACAUUCUCAAAUCCAAGAACUUGCUCAACAUUCCACAGUGCCUAUCAUAAAUUCUUUGUGUGAUAGAUUCCACCCAUUGCAGGCUAUUACAGAUAUUCUGACCAUUCGUGAGGCAUUCGGCUUCACCAAAGGUCUAAAGUUGGCUUGGGUAGGUGAUUCCAACAAUGUCAUCAAUGAUCUUGCAAUCGCAGCCAUUCGUUCUGGAAUUAACGUUUCAAUUGCCAUUCCUCAAGGAAUAGAAAUGGAUGAGGAAAUUAUUUCCAAAGGCCAACAGAUUGCACAGGAAACAGACACUGUUUUGGAAGUUACUCAUGACCCAAAGAAGGCUGUCAAAGAUGCCAAUGUCCUUGUCACAGACACCUUUGUCUCUAUGGGACAAGAAGCAGAAUCCAAGGCAAAAUUGGCUCAAUUUCAAGGUUUUCAAAUCUCUAGUGACUUGGCUUCAGGUGCUGCCCCGGAUUGGAAAUUCAUGCACUGCUUGCCGCGUCAUAAAGAGGAAGUGACCGACGAAGUUUUCUACUCUGACCGUUCUUUGGUGUUCCCCGAGGCCGAGAACCGAUUGUACGCUGCCAUUGCUGCCCUUGAAGGAUUCGUUAUCAACGAAGGUCGUUUGGUAUAA